AAACGAAACUUUGUAGCGAGGUGCCAAGAUUUGCAAACCAAAUUAGGUUUAGUUCAUUUUCUGCACACUGCGAUAUUUCGACUUUUGAUGAAGCGGCCCAAAUUAUCUCCUUCUGCACGACCCAAACGACAAUCCCUCAACACCACACUUGACUUCCAGUCGCCAAAUUAUCAAAAUGGCUCCCAAGAAGAAGGUCGACCGUCCCGCCACCGAGAACGUCUCUCUGGGCCCUCAGGUCCGCGAAGGCGAACUCGUCUUCGGCGUUGCACGUAUCUUCGCAUCCUUCAACGACACCUUCGUCCAUGUCACCGAUCUCUCUGGCCGCGAAACCAUCUGCCGUGUGACUGGUGGUAUGAAAGUCAAGGCCGACCGUGACGAGUCCUCUCCCUACGCCGCCAUGUUGGCAGCCCAGGACGUCGCUGUGCGAUGCAAGGAACUCGGCAUCAACGCCCUCCACAUCAAGAUCCGAGCCACUGGAGGAAACGGCACCAAGACUCCCGGUCCAGGUGCCCAGUCCGCUCUGCGUGCCCUGGCCCGUUCAGGCAUGAAGAUUGGCAGAAUCGAGGAUGUCACUCCUACACCUUCCGACAGCACGAGACGCAAGGGUGGUCGUCGUGGUCGUCGUCUCUGAGCGAUUCGCAGUGGAAUCUUUCUCCGGGUCAAACUUUUUCCAGCCUUGGAAUGUCAUGGCGAGCCUCUGCGGAGUGCUCGAAACAAACAAAAAUGGGAUCUCAUGGUCGUGGUGGUCACAAAUACGCGAAGAACGGCAUCUCCUUUUGCCU